GGAUCCGCGGAUCCCUCCGCCCUUCUAGUCACGGAACCGGGCCGAACCAGCCCGUAAACCGUUGACACUUACUCUCAAGCUUAAGGUAAAUCUGUUAUGCUCUCUGUUUUAGCAAUCCAUGUAGGCCUGUGAAGCUAACUUGGCACUUGAGUGCCUUGGUGUUCAAUGAGGAAAGUUCAAGGCGUUACUUCCACUCUGAUGAGGUGUUUAUUUUUCCAGUUUGCAAUACCUGGAAGCUAACUGGGUGUGUGUGAUGGAAGUCAGCAGAGGUUGGGGUGUGAUCCCAGCUGCCAGAUGGAGAGCCAGUGUGUGCCUGGGAGGUGCUACAGGCAGAGGGCCUGGUGCCCUCCCACGCAGAUGGCAGGAGCUGCCUGUCUAUGGCCACAUCUGGAGCUCAUGCAGAAUUAUUGCCAGUAACGUGCUUAGUGUGUCCUUUGUUUGGUUCUACGUUUCUCUUCAUUUCUAACCUGCUUUUUUCCUUGUCUCUGUUAUGCUUUUACUUUAUGUCUCUUGUAGCUUCCAGAAUCCCUGCGCUAUUUUCAUUGUAAAAUUUAUCACCAGUGGUAUUUGAAAUGAGUGCAGGUAUCGAAAAUCUGGAGCUUCUCUGCACUGCUUUCUGGACUUCCCUUUUCUGUUGCGGAUGGAAUUGCCAGUCACAAUGGGUUUCUAUAUUUCAACUAUGCAGAACUUCUUAUAGAAUAUUUAUUUUUCCCACACACCAUUCUGUGCUAGAGAAAGGAAUCCCUUCUUUAAGAAUGAUUCUUUCAAAACCAGUUGGCUGGGAAGGCAGUGCAAUGUGAGCUUGGAAACUGGUUCUGUGGCUUUGGCACUGGGAGGUUCUGGUGGGCUGCACCAUUCGCUGUUGGCGGGGAACCAUUUGUGCUAUCAGACUGAUUUAAUGUUAUCUGUCAGAGUGCUUCAGGAGCAGGAAGGGGAGAGGGCAGGUGAGACAAGAGGGGAUUCGCAGUCUCUCCGCCCUGUAUAUUGCUGGCUUAACUACCAACUCAUCUGUCUGAGUGUUCUGAGAGCUGUGCACAGGACGAGGGAGUUCCCAGGUGCUAAAUGGACGUGUGGGAGCAGGGCUUAGAGGGUGCUGCCUUGUUGGUGUCCAGCCUGUGCAGCAAGAAGCAUCUGUUACAGCGCACACAGAGCAGCCUCUGCCUUCAGAAGUAUCUUGUAUGUUUGGCUCCACGAAUUCUAGAAUCCAUUUCAUAAAAUAUUUUCAGGAAACUUUCCUUGGAAGGAGUUUCCCCUGCUAUCAUGAUGAUAACAAUAGUCUCAUUUGUUCAUCUCAUCCCCAUGUAUCCACACAGACCUGUUUCUUUGUGCGCAUGUAUGCAUGCACGCACAUAACUUGAACUUAUUUUUUUUCUAUCAAACUAGAGCAAGAUCGGUUUACUUUCAGUAAUAACUGCCCGGAUCCCAGCUUCGAAAUUCUGCCUUCAUCCCCAGCUGCUGGGAGAACCUUUGUUGUAGGCAGCAGCACGGUGUGGGAGGACCCGCUGUGCUCUGAACAAGGGCCUAUUGUGUGAGCUGAGACGGAGGGGAGGGGGCUGCAGGUUCCCUUCAGAGUUCUGUGGGGGAGCUGAGCGAGAGAUGCGAUCUCUCUUUAUUUGUGUAAAUUCCAACUGAUAAAUACUUGAGACGAUUUUUGUAGCUAAAACAUAGCGAUGCUUGUCUUUCCAAUACCUGAAGGAAAAAACCUGGCGGUAGGCUGGGUAGCAGUGAUAAUGUUAUUUCUGCGCCGUUAAGGUAACUGUCAGCUUGUGCCUUACUAAUUAACAGCGGAAGAGUGACCGUAGUUGUGGCAAGCUACAAUGAAAGCUCAUGGCCUGGUAGGGCAAAAGUCCAGGAAGUGCACAAGUCUGGUGGAGAUGUAAUGGCUGUAACUGCAUAGUGGGCCCAGUUCCAGUAAAACAGGCCUUUAGUUUGAACAGUACGUGGUCCUUACCCUAAACUUAGACUGUAAUGGAGACGGAUGGGCCGGGUGGAGGUGGGAGGGAGAUGAGGUGGGUGACUGAAGCAGACCAGGGCUGGUGUGGCUGCUGGGCCGAGCCUUGGCCAGACAGCAGAGGGGGAUCCAGUGAAAGGAUGCGUCUGAACAGCAGGCUGAGGAAUCUGCGGUUAAUUUUAAUACAAAAGAAAUAUGAAAUGCUGAUUUGUUGAGUUGUAACCACAACUGUGCAGUGAGCCCUGCUGGGUGGGAUGGGGCUCUGCGAGGCCCAGCUUACAGAACAAAAGGCUGAAUUGUCUGAGUGGAAGUUGGGUGAACUGAGUCGAACACAGCCUCGUCUUGAGUUAUAGCCACCAGCUUAUUAAUGAGUUAACUUACACUGUUUUGGUCUCUGAACAUAACUGUUCUGAUUGUUGCCAUUGUCCCGGGUUGUGGCAGUGGAACAGCAGAGCAGCUCGUGGUGGAAGCUUUCCCAGGGACUGGAUUGGGAUUGUUUCCCACCUCAUUGUUAGCGCUUGGCCUCAGCUGCUCGCGCUCCCUUGCUUGGCUGGGCUUUGCCUCAUGUUGGCAUGGUGUGCUUGUCCGUUUUAACUGCCUGAUACAUACUGCUGCCUGGGUCUGGGGAACGCUGGCCGUCAGGGGGCUCGGACCAACAGAGCUUUGGGGCUCGUGGCCAGAAACAUUGCUGUCUGCUCCAGGUAUUGUGUGGGAGCAUCUGCAGCCAAUUACCCAUGCGUUCCCAUGUCCUUGUCCCUGCUGGAGGCAGCACAGCCAUCCUGUGGCAGUGCUGGGAGCCUUGGCCUUGGUGGGCUGGGGCCAGCACGGACCUGUGUGGGAAGGGAUUGGUGCUUGGCUGCCCCAUUCUACUGGGGUUCUCAGUUUGGUUCUUGUGAUGGGGGUAAAACAAAGUAAGGAGAUGGUAAAGCAGAUUGAUGGUUCAUCAGCUGCAUCGGUGCAACAUGGAACUGGGUGGCUGUCUUUGGUGAGCAGAAGGUCUCAGGAUGAGUUACUGGAGCCUGGAUAAGAAAAGCUGUCUGCAAUACUGCAGACACUUCUUGGCGGACAACGGCGUGUUUCAUGUUGAAAGAUGCAUGAGCGUUAUGCAGUCUGGGACUCAGAUGGUAAAGCUGAAGAGUGGAACCAAAGGGCUCGUUCGUCUCUUCUACCUGGAUGAGCACAGGACCUGCAUCCGAUGGAGACCGUCCAGAAAAAGUGAAAAGGCAAAAAUUGUCAUCGAUUCUAUUUACAAAGUGACCGAAGGCCAUCAGUCUGAAAUCUUCCACCGCCACGCAGAGGGGAACUUUGACCCAAGCUGUUGCUUUACCAUUUACCAUGGCAACCACCUGGAGUCACUGGAUCUGAUUACCUCUAACCCGGAGGAAGCUCGCACCUGGAUCACAGGACUGAAAUAUUUGAUGGCUGGGAUAAGUGAUGAAGACUCGCUCGCUAAGCGGCAGAGAACCCACGACCACUGGGUGAAACAAACCUUUGAGGAAGCUGACAAGAAUGGAGAUGGCCUGCUGAACAUUGAAGAGAUCCACCAGCUGAUGCAUAAGCUAAAUGUUAACCUGCCCCGCAGGAAGGUGCGGCAGAUGUUUCAGGAAGCUGACACAGAUGAAAACCAAGGAACUCUAAAUUUUGAAGAAUUUUCAGUGUUUUACAAGAUGAUGUCCUUGCGUCGAGACCUCUACUUACUGCUCCUAAGCUACAGUGACAAGAAAGAUCACCUCACUGUUGAAGAACUUGCUCAAUUUCUGAAGGUGGAACAAAAGAUGAGUAAUGUGACGCCAGAAUAUUGUCUUGACAUCAUACAGAAGUUUGAAGUAUCAGAAGAAAACAAGGAGCAGAAUGUUCUUGGGAUUGAAGGUUUCACCAACUUCAUGCGCAGUCCUGCUUGUGACGUUUUUAAUCCACUGCAUUGUGAAGUGCAUCAAGAUAUGGAUCAACCCCUUUGUAACUACUUCAUAGCUUCAUCUCACAACACGUACCUGACAGGGGACCAGCUGCUGUCCCAGUCUAGAGUGGAGAUGUAUGCACGAGUGCUGCAGGAUGGUUGUCGAUGUAUUGAAGUGGAUUGCUGGGAUGGUCCGGAUGGAGAGCCAGUAGUGCAUCAUGGGUACACACUUACCUCUAAAAUAUUCUUCCGUGACGUGGCAGAAACCAUCAAUAAGUAUGCCUUCAUCAAAAAUGAGUUUCCGGUGAUACUGUCUAUUGAAAAUCAUUGCAGUAUUCAGCAGCAAAAGAAGAUUGCUCAGUACUUGAAGGAGAUACUUGGUGACAAACUGGACUUGUCAUCUGUAGUCACCGGAGAUUCCAGGCAGCUUCCUAGCCCUCAAAACUUGAAAGGGAAAAUCCUAGUGAAGGGAAAAAAGUUGCCUUACAGUCUUGGAGCAGAUGCUGAGGAAGGAGAAGUUUCUGAUGAGGAUAGUGCUGAUGAAAUUGAAGACGACUGCAAGUUAAAAUCGUGCUAUAGUAACGGUGCAACUGAGCAUCAGGUGGAAUCUUUUAUAAGAACAAAGCUUGAAUCUCUGCUAAAAGAGUCCCAGAUCAGGGACAGAGAAGAUCCUGACAGCUUCACGGUGAGAGCACUGCUAAGGGCAACUCACGAAGGUUUAAGCGUUAACCUGAAGCAGAACCUGGACACGAAAGAAAGUGGGAAAAAGUCUCACAGUCGAUCGUUAAUGGGCAACUUUGGUAAACACAAAAAAACAGGGAAGGCAACAUCCAAAUGUAGCACAUCAGAUGAUGAUGAAAAUCAGCAAAACUCUUCAGGAAAGGAAGCAGGGCAGCUGCACAGUAGACUGACUCGACGAAGGAAAACUGUGAAGCUGUGCCGAGCUCUGUCUGACCUCGUGGUGUACACGAACUCCGUGGCAGCCCAGGAUAUAGUAGAUGAUGGAUCAACAGGGAAUGUGCUGUCAUUCAGUGAAACGAGAGCCCACCAAGCAGUGCAGCAAAAGGCUGAACAGUUCAUGCUUUACAACCAGAAACAGCUUACAAGGAUCUAUCCAUCGGCGUAUCGGAUUGACUCCAGCAAUUUCAAUCCUUUACCUUACUGGAAUGUUGGUUGCCAGUUAGUGGCACUAAACUACCAGUCUGAGGGACGUAUGAUGCAGUUAAAUGAAGCGAAGUUUAGGGUCAAUGGCAACUGUGGUUAUGUCCUCAAACCUCAGCAGAUGUGCAAAGGCUCGUUCAACCCCUAUUCUUCAGAUCCACUUCCUGCCAGUCCUAAGAAGCAGCUCAUCCUGAAAAUCAUCAGUGGACAGCAGCUGCCUAAGCCUCCUGACUCAAUGCUAGGAGACAGAGGAGAGAUAAUAGAUCCCUUUGUCGAGGUGGAAAUUAUUGGGUUACCCGUUGACUGCUGUAAAGAUCAGACCAGGGUGGUUGAUGACAAUGGGUUUAAUCCUGUUUGGGAGGAAACGCUCACCUUUACCAUCCACAUGCCUGAAAUAGCUUUGGUUCGAUUUCUUGUUUGGGAUCAUGACCCUAUUGGGCGAGACUUCGUUGGACAAAGAACGCUGGCCUUUAGCAGUCUUGUACCUGGUUAUCGACAUGUGUAUUUGGAAGGACUGACAGAAGCCUCCAUAUUUGUUCACAUAACCAUUAAUGAAAUCUAUGGGAAGUGGAGCCCCUUAAUCCUCAAUCCCAGUUACACAAUAUUGCACUUUCUAGGAGCCACAAAGAAUAAGCAACUGAUCGGACUCCGAGGGCUGUUCAACAAGAACCCAAAGCACAGUUCUGCUGAGAGCAGCACUCACUACGUACGGAAGCGCUCUAUUGGUGACCGAAUUCUCCGGCGCACGGCCAGUGCACCAGCCAAAGGUAGAAAGAAAAGUAAAAUGGGUUUUCUGGAAGCUUCUGAAAUUAAAGACAGUGCAUCUGAACCAGCAGACCUGAAGGACAAAGAAGGAGUUGUAAGGCGUACAAGCCGGAGUUUGCAAGCACGUCCUGCUUCUAUGCCAGUGGACAAAUUCCUUCUUGUAGGACUGCCGUGCACAGAAGAUGAAACUACUCAAGAUGCCAAAAGAAAAGAAAAUGCAACUGCCAACAGUGAUGGUGAUAAAAAUGAGAAGGAAACAAACUUGAAAGAAUCUGUUUUCACGUGUUCUGAGAAAACUGCAGAUAUUUCAAAUUUGGCAUCUCCCUUGAAAAAGGAGAGUGCCCUGAAGGAAACGACAGCUGAUUUUUCACUUCUACCACCUCCCCAGGAACAACCUGAACGUUUAGUUGCUGUAAGUGGGGUAACCGAAACAAAUCACCUCAACCUUCCUGUUGAUACUGUGCCUCUAAUUCAGAGCUCUGGCUUUGAGCGCGACACAGAAAAAAUACAGGGCAAGAACUGUGCAGGCACUAAAAGGGAAGGUGACACAAACAGGUGUAAGGAGGAGAAAAUAACUCCUGUCAGGACUUGCCUUCCUGAAAAGGUAGAGGAGGUUGAAAAUCUCAAAUACGGCAUCAUCCAGAAAAGUACUGUGGCAUGCCUUUCUCUGACUGAUAUUUCUUCUGCCGUCUGCUCUGAUGCUCCCGAUUUACGUUCCUCUUUAACCGUGCAAGACAGCGACAUCUCCCGCCUUAUAGAUGAAGUUUCUUUGGUGACUGAGAGCGAGUUGGACAGUGCUGUCUCAGCUCUGAUCGGCCAGCUGGAUGUCACCGAUGACCAAACCAGCCCCACCACACCGAUGCUCCCCGGCGCUGGCAGCCAGACCCUCGGUGCUGUGGCCACGCGCGCACUUACUGCAGAGCUCAGCACUCCCUGUAAGAACGACUUCAUUACCACAAAAUCCGGCAAGUCCCCGUUAUUUUCAACUCCAGACAGUGCUGUGUUCUCCAGCCCUGAAACUGCGGAGUAUUCUGUGUACACAAUUAUCCACGAGGCCACUCUUACCCCAGGUUCUGAAUUUAAGACCCGCGGUGGGUUAGUUUGCAAGAAGAAGUCAAAGAGCGUAGAAAAUAACUUGCCUAGCUCUUUUUGUUCUUCACCUUUCUCUUUGCUGAAUGCAAAUCCCCAAAGAAAAUGUGAAGCAAGCUGGGGAGCCCCCAGGUCUGUGGGUUCUUUUGCUUCCAGCAGCCUCAUCUUUGAGGAGAUGCUUGUGGACCCUCCCAUGGGUGAGAAUUCGGAAAGCAGCAGUCUAGUAGAGUUAGGUGGGGAUUCUCAAGAUCUCUUGGUAACUGCGUGCGCGUACAAAAGGGAAGAUGUGAGCCAGUUGGCUUCCCCUUUGAAACUGAGGCAGCAGCAGGACGGCAGGUGCUGUGGUGAGAGGACCUUUGGGAACUGUGCAAGCGUUGGGCUCUGUGCUGCUGCUCUGGACUGCUCGGAUAACUUUAGGACUGCGGGAAGCAAGCUCCCUUUUCCAGCCUGUGAAAAUGUUGGUUUUCUACAUCAUCAUCAUGCAGAUAAGCAGAAAGAUGUGAUGUGUACCUCCAGGAGGUCCCAACUCGAUGUACACUCACCAGUGCUCAGAAGCACAUUGGCUUUCCCACCCUCCCCAGCCAUCAAACAGACCAGCCCUUGCAAAUCCAAGAGUCUUGGUGACUUGACAUCGGAAGAUAUUUCCUGCAACUUUGAAAGUAAGUAUCAGUACAUAAGUAGGAGCUUUAUCACAUCUGGCAUGAGAGACAAGAAGCUCGCUGCAAUGAAGACGAUGAGACCGCACUCUACAGACGCUUUGACGGAGCAGCUGAGAAAGCUGCUGUCCCUGGACCAGGACGAUAGCCACCAGGUGCUGUAUUCCAGGCAGCUCGAUGAGGACUGCCCAAAGGCGCUGGUCAGAAAGCUGUCGUCCAGGAGCCAGAGCAGAGUGCGGAACAUCGCCAGUCGUGCCAAGGAGAGGCAGGAGGCCAGCAAGCAAAAAUCUUCCAACGCAGGCAGCAUAGCGGGGGUCGUCCUUCGGAACAAGCCUUCGGGGUCCCCUCACGUCGUCAACAGGCACUCGACAGGCUCCUACAUAGCCAGGUACCUGGGCAGCUUCCCUGAGGAGGCGGCGGAGGGCCGGGGCCGACCCGAGGGCACGUGCGCUGCCUGGCACCACGGCUGUGCUGAGCCGCUGUGUGCGCACAGCCCCCUGCUGCAGCUGGAGCCCGACGGCGACGAGAAGCCUGAGAUCUAUUUCCUGCUCAGGCUGUAGGUUGGAUAAAUGUAAGUCUUCGACGUUUACAAACCGUUUCAUCGAAAUGAAGGAUUUUUAGGAAGAAACGCUGUUUUGAGGCUUUAAAUUAUUUAGAAAUGCAAUUUUGUGCUGGUGGUCCAGUCACAAUUUAACGUUCCUUUUCCUGUUGAAACUUACAUAAAUAAAACCAUACUCCGUCCUUAUGUAUUUAUGCAUUACUUUAAUUUAGCCAUUACUGAGGGAGUAGGCUGGGGGCUAGCUGCACGCAAUAAGCAUUUGUAGCAUUUUGUAUUCGUAGUGCACGGCUCGAGGGCAUGGCAUUGCAAUGAAUGCAAGAGUAUUUUUCUGUUUUCCUGAAGUCUGCUCUUUGAGAAAAUAGUUCCAGUGAUUGCUUUUGGCCUUUCAUGCGAAUACUGCACGGAGUGCUUUCUGUCCCUGGUGACUGCUCUGGGCUCUGACUGCUGAGCCAGGCCCUCCCCCAGCAGCAGACCCUGAGCAUCGCCUUCACUCAACUCUGUACCCAAAUGCUAAUAGCAGUUUUACACGUUUCCUUGUUUGGACUGUGAUUCUGCAACAAACAAUGAGUACGAUUAGGGUUAGUCCACAUUUGUGAGGAGUGCAUAGAUUUGUCUUCUUCCCACUCUGUGAAGUAUAACAACCGUUGUGUUCUGUCUUUGUCAGUGUGUGGAAUGCUCGCUUCAGGACUGAGUGGAACGUGGGGGUAAAUCUGGAUUUAUGAAUAGAAAACAUGAUUUCUGCAUAUUUUCUGUAUUUUUGCUAUCGGUUGUGUUUGUAGCAGAUUCGUUUUCUGUAUAUUUGUAAUUUUAUUGCUGAAGUGUUGAUAGUCGUCGAUAUUUAAAGCUGAUAUAGUAGAAUAACUAUUUUGACUGUCCUUCAUCCUUUUCUAUGAAUGUUGGAAGUGAAUCGAUGAGUAAUCUCAAACACUUGGAGCUUCCCUGUAGGGAACAACAUAGCUUUAUUUUGGUUUAAAGAUAUUCUUUGCCUUUGCUGUAAGUUUUUUCUUAUAUGUAAAAGAUGUACCUUAUACCUCUUUCUUUUGUAAUGCAGAGUAUUGUUGUUCUUGAGAACACCAUUAAAAUAGAUUUUUAAGCACCUGGAUACAUGUUUACUGAAAAUACAGUGAAUGCAAUUAUGGUUAAACUGACAGCAGUUGGUGAUUGCAGACACCUGUCUUCUCGUGAGCAGUGAACUUUCAGAAAGGGAAAAAAUUCUGUAAUUUUGCAAAAGUUUUCAAUCUCAGAACUUUAGUUCUGAUAAAAGGUUGUAUUCAGAAGUGGGCUGGUCCUUAAACUUGUGUCUUCGAUGUAUGCAAAAUGCCUGACCUCACGGGAGAGUCCUCUUUAAAAUGUUUCAAGACCAAAUUAAGCCGCUGUCAGAGGUGUCGUAUGUUGCU